UUUCAGGCACGCAAAGGACAGCUAAACCUCGCCGCCGUAUAUUGUGGGGUCCUUAAGCGUCAGACUGCUGCUUUCUCUGGACAGCAUCUUCGGCAAUGGCGGAUUACGAUAACUACGAUGACCGGGAUCGGGCUUACGGGAGCUUCGGCGGAGGAAGAGGACCCAGAGGAGGAGGUGGUGGUUCAGGCGGACCCCGAAAGCAAAAGGAUCUCCCCACAGAGCCCCCUUACACAGCGUACGUCGGCAACCUGCCCUUCAACACAGUGCAAGGAGACAUAGAUGCCAUUUUUAAAGACCUCAGUGUCAGGAGCGUUCGACUAGUCAGAGACAAAGAGACCGACAAGUUUAAAGGUUUCUGUUAUGUAGAGUUUGACGACCUGGAAUCUCUAAAAGAGGCUUUGACGUAUGACGGUGCUCUACUAGGAGAUCGAUCUUUGAGGGUGGACAUUGCAGAAGGCCGAAGGCAAGAACGUGGCGCCGGAGGCUUUGGCUUCCGAAAAGACGACAGAGGUACUGAAUUUAAUGGCCGCGGUGGCUCACGCGGGGCCAGAGGAGGGGGACGUGACCCCAGAGACGACUACGACCAUUCUGGAGGAGGUGCGCCGUCUGAUUUGGGAUUUAGAGAUGACGAUUUCAUGGGUGGGAGGAGUCGAGGAGGUGGUCGCCCUGGAGACAGAAGGGGUGGCGCCGGUGGUGGAGGCGGAGGCAUGGGACGCUUCAGAGAUGGACCUCCUCCUCGUGGAGGCCAGACAGACUUCAGAGAACCCUCUGACGAGGAAAGAGCACAAAGACCAAGGCUACAGCUGAAGCCCCGUACGGUGGCGGGUCCCCUCAACCAAGUGGCCAACCCCAACUCGGCCAUUUUUGGGGGUGCCAAACCCAGGGAGGAGAGUUAAUGUGUCAGUGUGGCUGCAUUAUUCAGGAAGGCUAUACUGGACCGGCUUUGAUCACCAAAAAUCUUUCAAAGACUUCUCCCAGUGAAACGCAGGCAGGGGCACGAGGUGCUGGUCUCCUCUUGAAUCCUAAACGAGCCCUCAUCCGAUUGGCUUAAAAGCACAGAGGUAGGGCCUCUAGAAAAAGGGGGUGGAGCGUAGUCCAACUCGGCCCCUGUCUGCUGUCCCAAACUCCGCCCUCGCACCUCAAAGAACCAAAACUUGGAGGACAACAUCUCCAGGUCGAUUGCAUUCUGUUUAAGGACUUCACGAUCUCUCCCUUUCUAAAGUAUCUUUGUGUUAAAGCCAGACAUUUCGAAUUUGUAGACGCGCAGGAGUAAAACCUGCGAUGUCGUUUUAUAUUUUUCUCUUUAAAUUUCUUUACUGUGUUUGAAAAUUAAAACUUUUGAGCUUGUCUUAAUUAAACGAUUUCAAAGCGAA